UAUACGAUUUUGGAAAUGCAGUAUUCUUGCAAAUCAAGAUUGGGAUCGCAAUGGCAGGAGCAAUGUUAUUAGUCUCUCUUUUGAUUAUUGGACGCCGAAUGUACGAAAGGAAUUUUUGGAUCUUUCGAGUUAUCCGAGUUUCAUCAGGGCCAAUUAUCGUCCCCAACCCAAUCCUUUCAUUUGGUUUCAUUGAAGGGAACUUCGUCAUUGUUUUCAUGGCUUUGCUGAUUAUAGCCUUACAAUAUCACGAAUACCAUACUCUGAAACCGGAGAAUCUCAUCCUAUGGAUUUCAUUACCCUGGUGCAUCACCAUCUUUGGUGCAAUAUUUGCUGCUGUCGGGACUCAUUACGCUACUCCAACAAAUCAGCUACCGUCAUCUGGCAAAGCAGUCGGAGAUCUUUCGAGGAGAUGGAAAAGUCUAAUGAAGAAUGCUUGGGUCAUCAAUGGAAUCGCUGUUGCACUUCCUGCAUUUAUUUGUGUGACCGUCGCAGUUCCAACGUUUAUAUCAAAUGCAAUCUUUCAAAAAGCCAAUCACCUUCACACUCAAUGGGAAACAAAGUAUGCAGACUAUACAAUGUUUACACAAGACAUGGUAACAGAGGCUCAAGUUAUUUGGUAUACCUUGUUACGAAGCGUACUCAUUGCUUCUGCUGUCUUCUGCCUUUGGUUCGUUUGGGCUUCGUUCUGCUUCAUCAUCUGCACUCUUUUAUCCUUGCGAUUAUUGCGUACCAUCAGCGCGGAACUUUCAAGAAGCAACAUGUUUGCACCCAACUUUGUCGUUACACAAACAAGAAUGAUUAUGAGCAAUCGUGCUUUGAAGAGGGAAGAACGCCUCACAGAAACACAGCAAAAAGUCUCUACGCCUUAUAAGGCACAAGGAAGACGGAAAUUGCCAAGAGGGAAUCACUCGUACUUUUUGCACAGCACAAACUCAUUUCCAGCUCAAGUACGGACACCAGGAGAGACUUUUCACAAUCCUCAACAAUCUGAGGAUAGUCUCGCAGCAUGGAAUAGCAAUGAGAUCAUUUGGCGAGAUCGGGAACAGGAUCCUGAGGAUAAUUUAGAGCGAACUGAAACAUUAACAGGUGAUGUUUCUCUUAACAAACCCACGGAAGCCAUUCAGGAAGAGCCAGUGCGUGUACAGGGAAACAGAAUGGCUUUUAUCAGAAGAUUGAUCCCGAAUAUCGUCAUGACGACGGAAAAAGCGCAGAGCAAUGCAGUUGAAACAAUGGUUUCUUCGCGCGACGAACAAAAGAGGGAGCUUCGGAAAGCAGCGAUACACAUCUUUACGCAAUAUGCAAUCGUUGGACCAGGCUGCGCUACCUUUGGCGGAAUCGCUCUCAUGAUGGGAUUGGUACUACAUGGAUCGUUCGAGCAACCUUCUAAUGGCGGAACAAAAUUUGAGUUCUUUGGAGCGCUUGCAUUAUUGGUGGUCAUGUAUGCAGUUUCCUUUUUUGGUUGGGUUUGUGCAGGUGCAAUCUUCCAUCGAACAUACGAGCCAGUCUUUGUCAAUUAUACGGCAUCAACAACGGUAUCUUCCUUUGGUAUCUCAGAUUUAUCAACGACGGACUCUUCUAAAUCUAAGCUACAAGACUUUAUCCGUGUCGGUGGAGCCGAUCCAAAGGUGCGAAAUAAGAUUCGUUACCCACAAGCAAUGGUGAAAAGUAUGCUAGACAAUACACCACAGGAGAUCCUAGCCCUGAAAGGAACAAAUGUCAACGAUAUUUCCCAUCAAAAUAACCAGUUAAACAAUUCACAUUUUCAUUUUCAUGUUCCCACGAUGAGCCCGCCAAUUAUGCAAGAAGGACAACAUCAGCCUAAACGAGCAAUUGACCGUCAAUAUUCGAAUAACGAACUACGCAAAUCGGAAAACAGGUACAAGAGCAUCAAAAGGGAUCAACAAAGUCACUUUGAUGUAGAACCUGAAGAAGGCGAGCUAGUCAACAAUUCAGUGCUUGUCGUACGAAAAGGAAAGAAUCGGCAACCCGUUCGGCGCAUCUGACCCACAAUAUGGGUAAUGGAUAUGGGAAUAAUUGACAUCUUGUAUUUCAUUCGUUACAAUCACUCAUUCAAAGAACCAGUAUAAUAUCUAAC